CAGCGGCGACGGAUGGUGGUCCUGCGUAUCGCUGUGGCGAGCGUAAUAUGGCUGCAGCCGGCAGUGUCGCCAGCACACGCCCUAGAACUCGGACUGGAGUUGAGAGAUUGCAGUAGCGCUGUCAGUGCAGCACGAAUAGUACUUUUGCGUGCGAGAACAGCUCGCAGACACGGCCGCGUCGGCCUCGCGUUUUUGCAAGCUAGCGUGAAAGAGACACUUGGAUUGCAGUGCGUUUGCCAGCCUCAAAAUCGCCGUGCCGCAUUGCAUACGCAACCAAGCAUCCCUCACGAAAGCCAUCGUUACUCACCGCUGUAACGCAGCACCAACCUUUUGCAACCGGCACCAAACAAAAAUGCUGAAGCUGCUGCUCUUGACUGCAGCACUGUGCAGCGAUGCCAUCACGCCGCCGAAGAGCAAGCUCAAUGCACCAAAAACCCUGAAGCAGCGCGGCGGCGGCGCCAUGACCGAGACGCAGGCCACGGUCUCGCUCUUCAAGACCAUCGUCGGCGGCGGCAUCCUCGCGCUCCCCGCUGGCAUGGCUGCCGGCCGCGGCACGGGCGUGCUGCCGGGCCUCCUGAUCCUCGCGCUGCACGCCGGCGCGUCGGCCUACACGUAUUCGUUGGUCGGGCGGAGCGUCGCGAAGACGCGCUCAAAGACGUUCUCGGAGCUCUGGAGUGCCGCGUUCGGCAGGGAGACGUCCUGGAUUAUUGAUUUGAUUAUCGUUGGCGUCGCCGGCGGCGCGGCGCUGACGUACAGCUGUGCUUUGUGCGGCGUCCACGCCAUCGCGCAGACGCGGUUGACGACGCGUCCUCGCAGGUUUCACGGGCGACCUCCUCAAGCAGCUCUCGGGCAUCGAGCGCACGCGGGCCAUCGCGCUGCUGACGCUGUUUCCCAUCGGGCCCCUGGCCCUCCUGCGCGACCUCUCCGCGCUCAAGCAUUCUACCAUAGCUGGUUUGAUGGCCGUGGCCGUCUCGGCGCUCGUCAUCGUGUCGCGGAGUCUGGACGGGAGCUACGGCGAGGGCGGCGCGUUCGCAGGGUGGCUCGCGUCGUCGGAAAACGCCCUAGACCAGGUCUCGACGACGCAACUGUCCGUGGGCUCCGCGGUGCUGUUCAACAUGCUGAGCACGGCCUUCAUGUGCCACACGAACGCCGUGCGAGCCUAUGAUGAAUUAGGACCGAAGCACCGCCACGCGAGCGUCGCGCGGAAGGCGUUCGGCCUAGCUGGAUUGCUCUACGGCGUCGUGAUGCUCGCGGGCUACGUCACGUUCGGAGGCGCCUGCGAAGGGUUGGUGCUGGCGAAUUAUGAUGCGAACGACCCGCGGGCGCGCGUCGCCUGGAUCGCGACGCUCGUCUCGUUACUGUCGUCGUACCCGCUGCUCUUCACGGGGUUUAGGGACGCCAUGUGCUCGCUGCUGGGCGUCGCGACGCCGGGGAAGUUCCUGCCCUUCGCCGGGCUCUCGUUGUCGUUGCUGGCGGUGCCGGUCCUACUGGCCAUCAUCGUGCCCGACGUCGGCUUCGUCGUGUCGCUCAUGGGCGCGUCGCUCGGCGCCGCGCUUAUAUUGGUAGUGCCGUCGCUCAUCGGCCGCCGCGUGCUGGCGGACAAGGACUGCGCCAAGGGCGAGCGGGGGGCGAUGCGCCUCGUCGCGGCGUUCGGCGUCUUGGUCGGGCUGUUCGGGACGACCGUGACGGUGCUGGAGACGUACACGGACCUGCUCUCGUGAGUCGAUCGCUAUCGCUCGCUUCUUAAGUCUAUAAUACAUACUUUACGCCAGGAGGCGCCUCAAAUACCGAUGCCGUCCUUCGGCCGGGGAGGAGCCCGUUCGGGGUCGAUGAUCGGCCGGAGGAACUUGCCCGGCACCGGCAAAGGUUUCAGAGGGUCCUUGUUGCGCACGCGCGUCGGCCGCACGCCCUGGGCCUUGGCCCGCGCGAAGGCCCGCAGCGAUGGCCGCGGCGGCCGCCGGGCCGUCGUUCCUCGCGGAGGGCGCGACGCCGCGCCGCCGCCGCGCCUCCGCCACGAGUACGACGCCACCGUCCGCGCCGCGCGCCCUGGGCGCCUUCGAGCUCGACGACGACGACGAAGCCGACGACGACGGCGGCGGCGCGCCGGCCCCGCUCC